GGCUUCUCUUUCACGCUACUCUCCUCUCACUCGCUCGCUCGCUCGCUUCUCCGCCGCACCGUCUCCCGUUUCUCCGGCAUCUCCCUUUCUCCGGGUUUUCCAUUUGCACACCAGAUGUCUGUUGAUCUCUGCAAGAAGAAUCCAUCUUUCUUUUGGUGCGAUUGUGGUUUUAUGAGCAGGGGGAGGCUGUGGUGCUUCCAAUCGAUCUUGUUCAGACAUUGGACUUGACUCUUGAUCUUUUGUUUCCCCUUUUUUUCUUUCUUUCUUCCCUUUUCUAGUAAGAUUUCUUGCUGGAUUCUCCAAAUCCCUUUCUGUUUGUUGCUGUUUAAUACAAUUUGCUUGUGCUGGUGCUUUUUUGCUAAUUUGAAGCAAAAGCACCAGGCAUCGGAUUUCAGAAGUUCUCUCGUAUUGUAAGGAGGGAUCGGGAUCCUAGGAAAGUGUUUCCCUUUUGGGUCUUCCAAUGGUGAAGACUCACUUAGCUCCUGGAUUUCGGUUUCAUCCGACUGAUGUUGAAUUGGUGAAGUAUUACCUAAAGAGGAAAGUGACGCGGAAAAAGCUCCGAGUUGAAGCCAUCGCAGAAAUCGACAUUUACAAGUUCGAACCUUCGGAUUUACCAGAUAAAUCUUAUCUAAAGACUGGAGAUCUUAAGUGGUACUUCUUCUGCCCAAGAGGAAAGAAAUAUGCCAGUGGGGUUAGGAAGAACCGUACAACUGGAUUUGGUUACUGGAAGAUCACAGGGAAGGAUAGAGCUGUUCUUUGCAAUAACGAAAUUGUGGGAAUUAUAAAAACCCUGGUGUACCAUUGUGGCAAGUCUCCUCGAGGUGAACGAACUGAUUGGGUUAUGCACGAAUACAGGCUUGAAGACAAGGAACUGGCUCAGAUGGACGUCGCUCAGGAUGCUUACGUGCUAUGUGUUCUCUUUAAGAAAGAUGGUCCUGGACCGAGAAAUGGAGCUCAAUAUGGGGCUCCAUUUAAGGAAGAGGAAUGGAGUGAUGGGGAAGAAGACGAAGAGGAAGAUACUGACAAUGUUGCAUCAGCUUUGCCUUCUGUAAAUGUGCCCGGGCCUUGCAAAGAAACCAGUCUGAUUGCUACAUCCUCACAGUCACAUGUCCGAAAGGAUUUUGGUGUUGGAAUGAUAUCAGAGUCAUGUGUCUCUGAUAUGGUACCAACUGUUAACAUGCCUCUGCCUCCGAAUGGUGCAGAUAACACUCCAAGGCCUUCUUCACCUCUUCUCGAUUUUAAUAGCUCACGAACUUUGACAGUGGCCACUCAGAAUCCUGGGGAUGAUGAUAUAUAUCCAAUGCUGGGUUUCUUUGUUGAUGAUGAGAGUUUCGGUUUUGGUGGGUAUUCUCUAAAUGAGGCAAGACAUGAGUCCGGAGUUCCAAGAGAUGGGGAACUUCCUCGUUGCUUGGAGGUAGAUGACGUUUUCAGCGGACUUCCAGAACUGAACAGCUUCUAUCAAGUGCCAGGCGUGGCCCCACAUGGCAACCCUUAUGAGGAUAUACAAUUGUUCCUAGAGCUAGGGGAUCUGGCCGAGCCGUUGACUGUUCCUGUAGCUCAAUCUGAGAAUUUGGGCGACUCAGAAAGCAUCUGUCUGGUUCAGGAUGAGUUUGGAUUCUUUGCCGAUCCCUCGUGCUUCGAGAUGCUGUCUGGUCAAAGUCAAUCACAGCCGACCCAGCCAUUUUCCGGCAACUCGAAGUAACAUUUGGAAGUGAUCAGCAGAAACAUUGUGAAGGCUUCUGCUGCCUGAUUACUCUCUACUCUCUGAUGUGGUCGGAAGUCAGAAUUUUUCAGACAAACCAUGAUCGAAUUGUUCGGAAAUACAUUGUUAGCGGGUUUUACCUAUUUUGGUUAAAUCUACUCUGCUUCUUAUCGUUUUGUAGACGCAUGCACGUGAAUGCGAUUACAGUGAUUCUAUG